UUUAGUGUACGAUAUCAAAAGUUAAAGGACAAUUAUUUCUUAAAAGGAAGUCUUCCAAAGUCUUUAUAACCUCGAUCACAUUUGCGACAAGAUAGAGUUCACGAUCACCAUAUAACCAGCAAUAAAGAGAUAAAGUGGAAAGAGAAAUACUACGGAAACACCAAAAUAUAACUUGUAAGAAGCCUACAAGAAACAGGAUCUCACGACACAAAUGUCAUUGUCACAGCCUACCGAACUAACAGAGGUGUCCGAUGAAGUCACAACAUGUGCUCCAAGGAAAUACAAGAUCGUAUAUACAAACAUAUUAAAAUAUACUGUACUACAUGUGUUUGCAUUUUACGGCCUUUACGUAACGCUGACUAAAGCUAAAUGGAAAACAUUGAUAUUCCAUUAUGUAACUACCCACUUAAGCGCGUUUGGUAUAACAGUUGGGGCGCAUCGACUGUGGGCACAUAAAGCUUUUAAAGCUACCCUACCUAUGGAAGUGAUUCUCAUGCUGCUAAACUCUUUAGCAUUCCAGAGUACCGCGUUUGAGUGGAUACGAGACCACAGACUACACCAUAAGUACAGCGACACAGACGCGGACCCUUACAAUGCAUCUCGUGGAUUCUUCUUCUCGCAUAUUGGUUGGUUGCUGGUGAGGAAGCACCCACUGGUGCUGAAGAAGGGAAAGACUAUCGACAUGAGCGACAUCUACAACAAUCCUGUACUCAAGUUCCAACAAAAAUACGCGAUCAUCGUGAUUGGAUUGUGCUGUUAUAUACUACCAACAAUUAUACCUAUAUAUUUCUGGAACGAGACAUUCUACAAUUCGUUCCAUACAAACAUAUUACGUCACGUGAUCACGUUACACGCAACCUUCAGUGUAAACAGUAUUGCUCAUUUAUACGGCACUAAACCAUACGAUAACAACAUAAAGGCUGUUCAAUCUUUAAUAGUUACUUUAGUAUCGAAUGGUGAAGGUUACCAUAAUUACCAUCACGUAUUCCCAUGUGAUUAUAGAGCGGCUGAAUACGGCUGUUGGUUGAAUACAUCAAAAUUUCUUAUAGACAUAUUAGCUAAAUUCGGUUUGGUUUAUGAUUUAAAAAUGGCGUCUGAUAGUGUUAUAAAACGUAGAAUAGAACGUACUGGAGAUGGGAAUGUCUUUUAGAUGUUUAAUGAAUCUAUUUAUUU